GGCGUGGUCAGCACAUGUAUCAUCAGCGGCGAGAGCCAAUUUAACAAUCUCACCCUCAUCUGCCCGGAAUACAUCAAACUUUUAGGAGAGACGCCCGGAAAGUGUCUCUUUGCAUCAGUCCUCCUCUUCAUCACAUCAUAAAGAACACUCGCCGAAUCACAGCACCUCCCUCGAUCUUCAUCUUCAUCAUCAUGUCUGGGAAGUCAGACGGUGCACAGAAGAAGUGGGUGGCUAUGCAAGGUCGAAUGGGCACGUCUCAUGACUCGGACGGCUCACAGGAGGCCAACCUGGAGAACGCAGAUGCCGAGCUGUGCAUCCGUCUGCUGCAGGUGCCCACCGUGGUCAACUACUCGGGCCUGAAGAAGCAGCUGAUGAAGAGCGACCAGGCCUGGAUGGUCCAGUUCCUGGAGCUCUCUGGCCUCGACCUGCUGCUGGAGGCCCUGGCCCGUCUGUCGGGACGCGGCUGCUCUCGCAUCGCGGACGCUCUGCUGCAGCUGACGUGUGUGAGCUGUGUGAGAGCUGUGAUGAACUCAUCCGCUGGGAUUCACUUCAUCGUGGAUAAUGAGGGAUACGUGCGCAAGCUGUCGCAGGCUUUGGACACUUCUAACACCAUGGUGAAGAAGCAGGUGUUUGAGCUGCUGGCAGCCCUCAGCAUGUUCUCCUCUGAGGGUCACAGACGUGCUUUAGACGCUCUUGACUAUUACAAGUCUGUGAAGACGCAGCAGUAUCGAUUCAGUGUGAUUAUGAAUGAACUCCAAUCCACUGAUAAUGUGCCUUACCUGGUGACCCUUCUGAGCGUCAUAAAUGCCCUGAUCUUCAGCGCCGACGACCUGCGCCAGAGAGACAAGAUGCGCAAGGAGUUCAUUGGAUUACAGCUGCUUCGCCUGCUGCCGAAGUUAAGGUGA